AUGGGCGGAUACUUGUGGUCCGCUCCUGCAGAGCCGGAGCUCAAACCCAGCUUACCGGAGGAAGGAAGCUCACCGGCAGAGCUUCUGAGAUCCCUACUGCGAAUUGAGCGAAUGUGUUGCCCACUCUCCUCUGCUGCCUUUGCAUCAGGCGAUAAGAGCCUUUCGAACGCGGACUUAACGGAUUCCGGUACCAAAGGCUCAGAUGAUGAAACGAUGUCUAUCAAGGUUUUGGUUGAUGAGCCGGAUAUGAGAUUCUGCAUUUGCCACGAUGCGGAGUCUCCAGUGAUCAUCGCUUGCUUGUGGACUCGCUUGAAGGGUGCCUCUGUUGAGGACGUGACGGCCUCUUUGUGCCAGGAGCGGGCACAGUGGGAUGCCGGUGGUGAGAACACGCUUCUGCAGAACGCUCAGCCUGAGGAUGAGAUGAUGGAAGAGAUCUACCAAAGCAUCAUCACAUGUCCUCGGCCCUUCUGGGAUCGUGAGAUCCUGAAGCGCCAAUGGAGGCUGCCACUGAACUCUCCCCAUGGAACCGGCUGCGCUCUCGUUUCCCGAUCGAUGGAAGAUGCAGCGGUGCCCAAAGAUCCAGACCGUGUUCGGGCAUUCGUACACAAGGCUGGAGCUCUGCUGAGACCUUCGCCUCAGGAGAGUGAGACCGAGACGGAGAGUGAGCAUUCCCUUCACAUUGCGAACAGCCCCUCAUUCACCGGUACGGAACUGACCAGCUGCAGCCAGAUCGACAUGGGUGGCCUUAUCCCUUCUUGGGCCACCAACUACCUCUCUUCCACCGUAUCAGGGAAGGCCGUCCGUUGGACAAAGGACCUACAGCGACACUGUGAUGCCCGGAAUGGUCAGGAAUCGGUGCCAACUCUCGCAGAGAUCUCGUCUCAGCUUCUACCAGGUUGGACGGACAACUGGGAUGAGACUGAGCGACCUGACUACCGGGAUGAAGUGGAAGAGGUGAGCUCUUUCAUCAGCCUGAGAUCCUUGUCCUGGUCGCCUUUCUGA